AAAUGAUUAAUAAUGAAGAAUUAACACUUCAACAACAAAUUAAAGCAAAAGAAUUUUUGCUUACCGAAGAAACACUUUUUGCACUAAGUAUUGAAAAUAUGGGGUAUACGAAUGUUACGACUCAUAGUAUUAAUAUAG